AUGUACGAACCACAAUCCCAAACCAAAUUUCGUAAUCCAAAGCAUGAAAAACGAUAUUUUUAUUCACAGAAACCGAACCUUAUCCUAAACGUUGAUGGUUGUAUUGCAGUCUGCCUUGUCGACCUUUUACGCCAUUGUGGGUCAUUUACAAGGUAAAAUCUAAGUUGGUCUGUUGGUGUUUGUAUAUUGUAGUUGCUUCAGGUGCAUAUAUAUAGUGAUCAGAUCAUCAGACGCGGAGUACUGCAUGGGAUCUUGGAUCCUGAAAGUUAUUUGCCUUAGCCUUGAGGAACACACGUAUCUAUAUAAUUUGAGGUUAAGAAGUGUUGUUAAAUGUUUAUAUUGGCGGUUAUUUUGUUUUGUACGGUCAAUUUUUCAAUCUCGGUAUCUUGGAUCCUGAGGAUUAUUUGCCUUAGCCUUUCAUUAUUUACCUCACACGUACUUUAUGGGAAAAUCUUGAUAAAUUUUACUUAAUUAUACGUAUCUGUCUUCUUAGAAGUGUUGUUAUAUGUUCAUAUUUAUGGUUAUUUCAUUUUGUACAGUAGAUAUUGCUAUUGUUUUACGCACACAUAAGAACAUUUGAAAAGGCAAAUUCACUUGGGUCUGAGUGUCAUUUUGUGUAAAAGCUGUUUAAAAACAGUACAACAUGUUACUAAUUAUUCUUCUGAACCUUAUGUUAUUUUGUAACUCUAUAGAGAGGAAGCAGACGAGUUUGUAUCCAUUGGAGCACUCAAUGGCUUGUUCGUAUUAGGACGGUCUAUUGGAUUUAUUGGUAAGAGCAGAAGAUCAGACAUGUUUCUCUAAUCUAGUUUAAGUUAAUAAAUUUAAUAAAUGUGACCUACGGGCAAAGUACCUUCAAACCCAAUCUCUAGUUUAGUGUCUUCAUCUUGGCUGUUCAAAGUAAACAUAACACUGAUAACAAACAUGCUGUAUAUUCCAUACCUUGCGGUGGCUGACAAAGAGUACAGUCGAACCUUUCCUGAGAUAGGAGAGAUUCUCUCUAAUACACACACCUUUCUAAUACGGUUAGGUUCCUAAACCUAUGUUAAUACGUAAACAUGCAUAAACGCUUCACUCCCUUAUUUUAGUGUAGCAUAUUGUGUUGCAAUUCGUUUCAUUCCAAAACUGUGCUUAUUAUAUAUACAGUAUAUAAUUGAGAAGCUGCGGAUUGAACUUACGCUGGCACGUAUAUACCGUUCGAGUAUAACUGAUGAACAUUGAAGUAGUACUUUAAUAAAUACUCAAGUAUAAACUCAAGUAUGAGCCCGUUUUAGUAACACUUCAAACGUUUUGGUGAGUCUUUUAAAGAAGUAAUGUGAUUGAUAGUUUCGCUUAAGCAGUGAAGAUCCCAUGCAGACAGAAGAGGUAUUUCCCAACGGAGUUAAGCACGUCCCACAAACAAUUCUCUUCAAAAAUCCUAUAUGAAUUUUGCCGAGUUGGUGGUUGUACUGGGCAUAUAGUUAAUAGAAUAGAUGGUUUGGAAACUCAUUAGAAUAACCAUGGAUAAUAAAAUAAAUGGAUAGGAAACUAGCUGACGUGACCUAAUGUUUUCAAUGGGCUGAUGGCGUGAUUGGAUGUUGAAACCUAGUUGCAAACCAAAUUCUCAAAAACGGCGUGUUUAGCAAUAAUACAGCUAAACAUUUUAGUCAAAGAGCAAAUAAAUAUAACUACGCCAUUCUACGAUGAAAUCUCUAAGUAUUCCCAGUCAAUUUUAGCAAAUAUUUCAAGCACUAAACAGUGAAAAAUACAUCGCAAAUUUCGUUAAAAUUGGCGACGCCAAUUUCGUAGUUACAAAUGUAAAAAAUACAAAUGUCGUGGCUUAGGUAUGUUUUUAAAACAAUUAGACCAGUUUAUGCUUCAAUAUUACUCUUUUAAAGCGGAAAAUAUAGCGAAACAACAAAAAUGCCGAGAACUUUGGUAUAUUUGCAAUACGCGUGACGUCACAGAUUGUAACUAGGUUUAAGACUGACGUCAGGAAGUUUCCUAUCCAGUUAUUUUACAAUCCAUGGAAUAACCAUGAAAAUCAUUAUGUAUGUUAGUCAACGUUUAUUCAUAAAUAUGGUCCUUCACUGUCACGUGUGUAUUGUAUUUUUGCCAAAUCCACCAAUAGCAAUUUCCAAUUUACCCUAUUGUUCGAGUCACGGAUAAGUAUGACUUUCCUGAAACAUUGCUAUUGGUUAGUUGGGCAAAAAUACAAUACACACGUGACGAUGAAGGACCGUAUUUAUGAAUAAACGUUGACUAACAUACAUAAUGAUUUAUAGUGUUAUCCUAAUGAGUUUCCAAACCAUCUAUUCCAUUAACUAUGCACUGGGUUAGAAAAGCAGAUAGAAUUCGAAAUAGGUAAAAAUCAUGGGGAUUCGUAAAUUAUAAAUCGCCUUUUUACGCAAAAACAAACUGCUUGUGGGGCGUAGCAACCGUAACUACGGAGUGUCGGAAGUAUCAAUUGUGGUUACCUGGGUGACCUCUGUAUUAGAAUUCUUAUACGGAUAUCUUGCUUUGUCGGUGCACGUUUGAACGGUUCAACCCUGUCUAGAUUGGGUGGGGGCAGGAAUUGCUAAAACAUCACAAACAUUUGCUUUCUUUUUGUUUGUGUUUUGACAGAAUACUCAGAAUAAAAUGUAAAUAUUUUUGUUGCAUUUCAGGUCAUUAUUUAGAUCAGAAACGAUUAGGACAAGGUUUGUAUCGGCAUCCUUGGGACGACAUUACAUAUCUGCAUCCAGAUCAUCUACAACAUCAAGCUGGUUUUGAGUAAAUACACGUAUUGAUGUACAGUAUGGCAAUAAAAAUUACAAAUAUCUAAAUAGUCAAAUAUAUGUAUUCGGUCACUUUGGUGAGAGUAUUCAAAUGAUCCAUUCACAUGAAGUCACACAAGAUAUUGUCGCCGUUCAGAGGUGAACCCUGUCUUAAGUCCGAUUUCCAGUCGAUUUUUUUAAUCAUAUAUACUUUCAAGUGAAUGCGGUAGCUUUUGGUCCAACUAAUAAUCCAUGAAGAUGAAUUCUCUGUAUUAGAAUAUGUAAAUUGUAUUUCCUGUAUCAAAGGAUACAUGUAUUGCAAAUUGGUACUUUAUAAUAAUUGCAUAGUUUCUAUAUACAAAUUCAUUAAUUUAAAUUAAUUGUAAUUACAAUUUCUAUCAAAAAGUAGUUUAUCAAUGCAUCCUGCAGAACAGCGUUGUGUGAGAUGUCUAGCCCGAACUGUUAUUUUAAAAAUUGUUUGUUAUUUAUAAUGAACGAAGAAGUAGUAG